AAGGCUGCGGUCCGGCUAGCAAACAGCGGUGGAGGCUCUUGCAGCGGUCGCCGGCUCUGAGGUGCGGGGGUACUCUACGCUCCUCAGACCUGACCCUUUCAGCACUCCGCUCCCGCGCCAGCCUACCUCGCUCCUCGGCGCCAUGACCACCACCACCACCUUCAAGGGCGUCGACCCCAACAGCAGGAAUAGCUCCCGGGUUCUGCGGCCUCCAGGUGGUGGAUCCAAUUUUUCAUUAGGUUUUGAUGAACCAGCAGAACAACCUGUGAGGCGGAACAAAAUGGCCUCUAGCAUCUUUGGGACACCUGAGGAAAAUCCCCCUUCCUGGGCCAAGUCGGCAGGUGCCAAGUCUUGUGGUGGCCGGGAAGAUUCUGAGUCAUCUGGACCCCAGAGAAGGAACUCUUCCGAAGCAAACCCUGCAGACUUCUUAGAUCUGAAGGGAGAAGGUGAUGUUCAUGAAAACGUAGACACAGAUUUGCAGGCCAGCCUGGGGCAGAGCGAGGAGAAGCCUGUGCCCGCUGCCCCUGUGCCCAGCCCAGUGGCACCGGCGCCCGUGCCAUCCCGGAGAAACCCCCCUGGUGGCAAGUCCAGCCUCGUCCUGGGUUAGCUCUGUCUGCCCUGAACUCUGUCGUUUCGUUUCUUUGUUUUCUCCAUGCUUGUGAACUGCACAACUUGAGCCUGACUGUACAUGUUUUGGAUUUGUUUCAUUAAAAAAGAAGCACUUUA